UGGGAGGUUGCUUAGCUCUUGGAGAUGGCAAGUGCCUUGACAGGGGUGAUGACCUCUGUCAUCAUCAAGCUCAGUGCCCUUCUUGGGGAGGAGUACACAAAGCUGAAAGGGUUACAGAGGGAGGUGGAGUUUAUGAAAGAUGAGUUGAGCAGCAUCAACGCCCUCCUUCAGAGGCUGGCAGAGGAAGGCUCUGUCCUCGAUGUGCAAACGGAGUGGAGAAACCAAGUACGGGAGAUGUCUUAUGAUAUUGAGGAUUGUAUUGACGAUUUCAUGCAUCGUCUGCACCGUAUUGGCAUAGCUGAGGCUGCAGGGCCUGUCCACAGGGUGGCUCAACGACUGAAGGCGCUGAGGGUGCGCCGUCGAAUCGCCAACCAAAUCCAAGAACUCAAGGCACGAAUUGAAGAUGCAAGCAAGCGGCGGAUGAGGUAUAAGCUUGAUGAGCGUACCUUUGAACCUGGCAUCACAAGGGCAAUUGACCCUCGUUUGCCUUCACUGUAUACUGAGUCAGAAGGGCUUGUUGGUAUUGAGAUGCCGAGGGCUGUGCUUGUCAAGUUGAUAGUGGAAGGAAAAGAUGCAUCAUUUCAGCAACUAAAGGUGAUAUCCAUCGUAGGUCCUGGUGGUCUCGGUAAAACUACACUUGCAAACGAGGUGUACCGUAAGCUGGAAGGUCAGUUCCAGUGUCAAGCUUUUGUUUCUCUGUCACAGCAGCCUGAUGUUAAAAAGAUUCUGAGGAACAUACUCUCUCAAAUUAGCCAGCAAAGGUAUGAUAGCACAAAUAUAUGGGAUGAGGAAAAGCUUAUUGAUUCAAUCAGAGGAUUUCUAGUGAACAAGAGGUACUUCAUUGUCAUUGAUGAUAUUUGGAGCAUUCAAGCAUGGAGGAUUAUCAAGUGUGCUUUGAUUAUGAAUAAUUUUGGAAGCAGAAUAAUGACAACAACACGCAAUGUUACUAUAGCUAAGUCAUGUUGCUCUCCUCAACAUGACCAUGUUUAUGAAAUAAUGCCUCUCAGCACAGCCAACGCAAAGAAUUUAUUUUUGAAACGAAUAUUUGGCACAGAAGAUAUAUGCCCUCCUCAUUUGGAAGAACUCUCCUACGAAAUAUUGAAAAAAUGCAGUGGGUCACCAUUGGCGAUUAUUACCAUAGCUAGCUUAUUGACUAAUAAAGCUAGUACCAAAGAAGAAUGGGAGAGGGUACAUAAUUCGAUUGGUUCAACACUGGAAAAAGAUCCCAGUGUAGAAGAGAUGCGAAGGAUAUUAUCUCUUAGCUAUGACGAUCUUCCUCACCAUUUGAAGACAUGUUUACUAUAUCUAUGUAUAUUUCCAGAAGAUUGUGAGAUUGAGAGAGACCAUCUGGUAAAGAGAUGGAUCGCUGAAGGAUUCAUUAAUGCAGAAGGUGGGCAAGAUUUGGAGGAAAUAGGUGAGUCGUAUUUUAAUGACCUUGUGAACAGAAGCAUGAUUCAACCAGUGAAAUUCCGGUAUGAUGGCCGGGUCGAUUCAUGCCGAAUCCAUGAUAUGAUUCUUGAUCUCCUUACAUCCAAGUCUAUUAAAGAAAACUUUUCCACUUUCCUUGGUGACCAAAACCAGAAAUCAGUGCUGCAAGGUAAGAUUCGCCGGCUCUCUCUCAGCUAUUACUCCCAAGAGAAUAUAACGGUUCCACCAACAGCAAUCAUUUCCUAUUGUCGGUCACUCAGUAUCUUUGGGUAUGCUGAAGAAAUGCCUUCCCUUUCAAAGUUCAGGGUUCUGUGGGUACUUGAUAUAGAACAUGGUGAAGAUAUGGAGAGCAAUUUUAUGGAGCAUGUGUGGAGGCUUUCUCAAUUGAAGUACCUGAGACUGAAUGUAAGAAGUAUUGGUGCACUUCCUGAACAACUUGGAGAACUGCAACAUUUGCAGACUCUAGAUCUGGUGUCAACAAAACUUAGAAAAUCACCCAAAAGUAUAAUUCGACUGCAAAAUUUGACAUGUUUGCGUAUCGGUAAUCUGGAAUUACCUGAAGGUAUCGGGCGUAUGCGUGCUCUGGAGGAGCUAUCAGAGAUCAAAAUUAGCAGGAAUAGCAUGGUGUCUUCUUUGCAGGAGCUGGGCAGUCUGACUAAACUGAGGAUUCUUGGGCUGCGCUGGUGCAUUUCUUCUGAUAUUCAUGGCGGGACUGAAACUUUGGUUGAUAACUUGGUGUCAUCGCUCUGCAAGCUGGGCAGACUGAACCUUCGAUCUCUAUGCAUUGAGAGUGGUUUCAAAUACUCCAUAGAUUUCUUGCUGGAUUCUUGGUUCCCCACCCCACAUCUCCUCCAGAAGUUUCAGAUGGCAAUGUGGUACUACUUCCCUAGAAUCCCAGUUUGGAUUGCAUCACUUGACAACCUCACCUACCUAGAUAUCAACCUCAAUCCAAUAGAAGAGGAAGCACUGGAGAUCCUGGGAAACCUACCUGCACUGCUGUGCCUCUGGCUGACGUCGAAAUCGGCUGCUCCGAAACAAAGACUCAUCAUGAACACCAACAUGUUUAUGUGCCUGAAGGAAUUCUACCUCACCUGCUGGAGCAUUGAGUCAGGGCUGAUGUUCCAAGGGGGCUCCAUGCCAAAGCUUGAGAAGCUUCAUCUUCCAUUCCAUGCAGGCACUGGCACUGGCACUGAUUUUGGCAUCCAGCACCUCUCUUCCCUUAGACAGCUUGUUGUCGAGAUCAUUUGCCGCGGCGCGACGAUCCAGCAGGUGGAGUCACUGGAGAAGGCCAUCAGGAAGACGGCCGACCUGCUUCCUCACCGCCCCACGGUCGAAAUUUGAACAUGGGACGAGGAAAAAAUGGUGGUGGAGGAACAGGAGGAGAAUGGCAUGGGACAAGAGGACAUCCAAACAAGGUGUUGAAGUUCAGGUCUCUUGUCAUCAGUACCAAAGGAAAAAGGAGAUGACAAUCUUUUUUUCUUCUUUUUUUUUGUUUAAAAGAAGCUAAAAUGUACUUUUUUUUUAUGCACAUGUAUAAAUUUACCAAACAAUUCUUGAAGAGCAUCUUUUCGGCGAGGAGCGACGCUACCGUCGUGGAUAUACGGAUCAUUAGUAUUUAUAUAGCAAUGGAUUAUAUCAAUGCAUAAGAUGUUUUGCACUUAUCUAGAUUUA